AUGCCUUCAACUCCAACCAAAGAGUCAAAAAAAUUUUUAGCUGCUCAACCCUCUUCUACAUCUCUUUUUUCUUUUUUUGGUCCACAUUCACACUCUUCCCAACAACUUUCUGGAAAUUAUAAUGAAAAAAUAAGUCGUAAAUCUUCUCUUCGUAGUCAUACGACUCCCAGAAUAGAAGUUAAAGAAACGAAUACUAUGUUUAAAGUCUAUGAUCCUGAGACUGGUAAUAAAAUGAUUAACAAAUAUAUGUUAAUUAAGGAAUUGGGCAGGGGUGUACAUGGGAAGGUCAAAUUAGGAAAAGACAUGGAGUUGGGAGAGUUGGUUGCCAUUAAAAUCGUUGAUAGAGUUACCCGACCCCGCUUGGGCUCACGAAAUAAUGAUCUCACUAAUGAGCAAAAAAUUAGAAAAGAAAUCGCAAUACUAAAAAAAUGCGUUCACCCACAUGUUGUUAGAUUGAAAGAGGUUAUUGAUGAUCCAAUGAGUAGAAAAAUUUAUAUGGGUAUGUUUAUUUAUCGUCUUGAAGAUCUGGUUUUCUCUGUGGUUAUAGAAUAUAUGGAAGGUGGUGAAAUACAAUGGAAGGAUGAACAUGACUGUCCUGUUAUGAGUGUUGAUAAGGCAAGACAGAUAUUUAGGGAUGUAGUGUUGGGUUUAGAAUAUCGAAUUAUACAUCGAGAUAUAAAACCUGCCAAUUUAUUACUCACUGCUAAAAACGUUGUAAAAAUCUCGGAUUUUGGUGUAUCACAUUUCAGUCAGCGUUCAGCUACAGUCGAAUUACAAGGGAGUAAUAAUUCUUCAUCUACUCAAGAGGAUAUGGGCUUAAUUAAAACCGCAGGAAGUCCCGCAUUUUUUGCUCCAGAGCUGUGUUUUCCCGCAACUGGUAAUUCUGGUAAUUCUUCUCUUGAAUCGCUUUCGAGAUCCCAUUCAACUACCAAUUCAUCAAUACGAGGACAACGACCUCCUAUUACCAAAGCAAUCGAUGUCUGGGCCCUUGGUGUCACACUAUAUUGCUUCAUUUUCGGAAGAUGUCCUUUUAUAGCAGAUACGGAAUUUGAAUUAUUUUUUCAUGUUAUACCUAGGCAACCAUUGGAAUUUCCUGAUGAUAUACCUAUUUCAGACGAUUUAAAAGAUUUACUUUCAAGGUUAUUGGAAAAGGAUCCGCAAAAAAGGAUCACUCUGGAGGAUGUCAAAAAAUGGCGUGAUGAUACUGAUCCAAUGAAGUAUCAAGCGCUUACUGUUACUGAAGAGGAAGUUAAAAGCGCUUACACCUUGAUAGUACGGUCUUUUUAUCUUUGA